AGGGCGUCGCUGGCCAUGGCGCGGCGAGGCUCCGACGAGUGGGACCAAAAAGUCCUCAUCAGCCGAGCAGACCAGCACACAAACUACAGGAACUGACGUCUACGGUGCAAGUGGAUGGAAAAAAAUGCAGCUGCGGCACAAAAACGGUUCACCGCCGCGAUAAAAGGUGUGUGAGGCUUUACUCUGCUGUCCUGAUGUAAAAGCCGUCACGCUCAUGGCACCUCCCAGUUGACAGAAUGGCCCAGAUAUCAAGUGGUAAUGGCUUUAAGCUGGACGUCCCCCAGCCAAAGGGGGCCGUGGGUAAAGAGGAAGCCCUCCGCAUGGAGGAGGAGGCGUUAGCAAAGCUGCAGCGGGAGAAGAGACACACUCUUUCAUCCUCCCCCAAAUCAAAGUUGUUAAAGUCCAGAAGCGUUACUACUACGACUACUGCUGCUCCUCAUCCCUCACCCUUCACCGCCAGACCAGAAAAGGACCUCAUUGUCUUUCCUGAGACCAAAAAGCAGCCAGAGCCCAACAAGUUCAGGAAUAUAGACGUAGACAAGCUGACCAAUGAGGAGCUGGAGAAGCUUCUCCUGGAUGAGAACUUUGGAGCCAACAGCACCGUAUCACGGCCAUCUUCGCUGCUGAACUUCAACCUCAGUGCCUCCUAUCCCGGCGGCCAUUCCUGUAGCUCCUCUCCUUUCCAGAGCACCCAGUGGACACCUAUUCUGUCCACCCCGACAAGCUCCAGCGUGUCCACUCCCACCCAUCAGCCCGCUCCGCUGUUCCCCUCCGCGCCGUUCCCCAAGCCAGGCACUUUUCAGAAUGGCUACACUCCAGCCAUUUCACCGUACAUGGCACUGCCAGCUCAGCAGCCAUCAUUCUUGGCCUUCACUCCCAUCCAGCCUGCUGCCGCCACCACCGCCAUGGUGUUCCCCCCGCCGCCCACCGUGGAUCCCGAGAUGGCCAAACUCUUUGAUAAGAUUGCCAGCACCUCGGAAUACUUGAAGAAUGGCAAAUCGGCCAGCACUGACACAGAUUCCGCCCCGGCAUGCUCUCCAUCUCUGGCACCUGACCCGGCAGCUCAUCAGCCAGCAGUGAAGGAAUCCACUUGCAUCAGCCGCUUCGACUGGCUCGAUCUGGACCCGCUCACAAAGCGAAAAGCCGAGAGCGAAGAAGUGAGUGCAUCUGCGGGGAGCGAAGUGCCUGUCGCACGGGGGCCUCCUGCGGGGGAUCCCUGGGACGCAGUGCUGGAGACUGAAGGCAAAAGUAGCUGCAGCCCCCCGCUUGAGGGAAAGGCAACUGGCUCGGGCCGUUCGCAGCAGAGGAGGGCGUCGACGGGCGCCGCGGUCACGAGGAGUCACUCCCUCAACAUCCCAGGAAGCUCCUCGCAGCACAAACCAAACUGUCAGGACAAGGGGAAAGGAAAAGGCCUGGUCAGGAAUGCCGCCCUGGAAGAAGAAGAUGCUCAGAACCUGGAAGUGGUUGCCUUCUGCAAAGAUGUAGCAAGCCUGCGUUCCAAAUUUCCUCAUGGCGACAUGGCCACCAACCCUGGCUACAUCCUCAGUCCUGUCAUCCCCCAGAGGGAUCCUGGAGGGGACACCAGCUGCUCCGUGAAGGUGUCCAUUGAAAUCUCUGACUCUCAGCAGCCUGUAACCUUCACCUGUGACGUGAACUCUCCAGUGGAACUCCUUAUCAGUCAGACUCUCUGCUGGGUCCACGAUGACCUCAACCAGGUGGACUUCUCCAGCUACCUGCUCAAAGUCUGCGGUCGGGAGGAAGUGCUACAGAAUAAACACAGCCUGGGCAGCCACGAGUACGUCCAGAACUGCAGAAAGUGGGAGAAUGAGAUCACGUUACAGCUUCUCUCUCAUUCCACCAUGAGACAAGACUUGGCUCGCACUCUGGAUGACGACAACAGCACCAUAAAUUUGGAGAAGCACCUUAGCUACGUGGAGCGUCCGUUUAAGGAGACUGCCACCAGACAAGGCCUGACUGACUACUUGGAAGGCUAUCACAACCAAGUCAGCAUCUGCCUCCAAAAUGAGAGUACCCAGUACAAAACUGUGGACCGGGUGGUACAGACAGUGAAGAACUUCUGCUGCGCUCUGGAUGAAGUGGAGACUCCGGCUGUCACUGAGGCCAUCAAAAGGUUGCGACAUUCUGUCAACUUACCAAGGACACGUUCGCCCAAGAUGGGAUCCCCAUCAUCUGGACAGACGUCAAAUGGUCACGGCAGUCCCGUGGAUGAGAGCAUGGCGCUGCUAACUCAGGCCGUCUAUGACUUGGCCAAGCUCUACCUGCGCUCCUUCUGUGCCCCCUCUACUUCCUUUACCUCGCCCUUGCUUAACGGCAAAACAGCUGAGCGGCGUAGCAGCAAAGAAGCUUCCGGAACCACAGACCAUCUUCAGUUCACCCUCUUCGCCCUGCACGGCAUCCCAGCCAAUUGGGUCAGCAGUUACGAGAAAUACUUCCUGGUGUGUUCCCUCACCCACAAUGGCAAGAACCUCUUCAAGCCGGUCCAGUCCAAAAGAGUGGGCACAUAUAAGAGCUACUUCUACCACAUCAAAUGGGAUGAGCUCAUCAACUUCCCCAUCGCAGUGGCCGUUCUCCCAUUGGAGUCCAUCCUGAGCCUGACUCUGUACGCCGUGCUCAACCAGAAUGCUGGAAGCUCUCCAGACUCCAACAAACAGAGAAAGGCCCCAGAGAUGCUGGGAAAAGUGUCUAUGCCACUCUUUGACUUCAGACGGGUUCUCGCCAGGGGCACCAGGCUGUUGUGUUUGUGGACUUCUGCUCAAGGUGCUGCCACUGCUGCUGGCUCCACUGGCAGCCGCAAGAAGAUGCCUGCAGAGAGAAUUGUGCUACAGGUGGAUUUUCCUGAGUCGACACUUGAUGUUUUGUAUGUGGGACCUCAGGAAGCUCCCAGCCCAGAGCCAAACACACUUGAGGAGCUGGACCCAGACCUAAGACGCAAACUGGAGAAAAUCUGCAGCCGUGCAUCCAAUUUUGGGCUUAAGCGGGCAGACCACCAGCUCCUCUGGGACCAUCACCUUCACUGUCGAAGGGAUCACCCCAGCAGCCUCCCUAAGGUGCUGGCCAGUGCGCCCAGCUGGGACUGGGCCAGCAUGGCUCACAUCCACGCCCUGCUACACCACUGGCCUCCGUUGCCCACUGUAACCGCGCUGGAGCUGCUUGACUCCAAGUUUGCAGAUACUGAGGUGAGGCGGGUGGCCGUCAGCUGGAUUGAGAAUAGCAGCGAUGAUGAACUGGCUGACUACCUGCCACAGUUGGUGCAGGCUUUAAAGUUUGAGUGUCACCUCAAGAGCGCCCUGGUCUUGCUCCUGCUCUCCCGAGCACUCGGCAACAUCAACAUCGCCCACUACCUCUACUGGCUGCUCAAAGACGCCGUACAGGAUGCCGUGUCAGGCCGCCGUUACGAGCGCGUGCUGGGUGCCCUGCUGUGUCUGUGCGGUGGUAAACUGAGGGCCGAGCUAGAGAAACAAACGCAGCUGGUCACACUGCUCGGGGCUGUGGCCGAAAGGGUGAGACAGGCUGGAGGGUCCACAAGACAGGUGGCUCUUCAGGAGGGCCUUGAAAGUGUUCAGAACUUUUUCCAGAAGAAUAGUUGUCGUCUGCCCCUCUUCCCCAGUUUAGUGGCCAAAGAGCUGAACAUCAAGGCUUGCUCCUUCUUCAACUCCAACGCUGUCCCUCUCAAACUGACGCUGGUCAAUGCUGACCCACUGGGAGAGGAGAUCAAUGUUAUGUUCAAGGUGGGAGAAGAUCUGAGACAGGACAUGUUGGCUCUGCAGAUGAUCCGCAUCAUGGAUCGCAUUUGGCUACAAGAGGGGCUGGACCUUCGCAUUGUCAACUUCAAAUGCAUCUCCACGGGCAAGGACAAAGGCAUGGUGGAGCUGGUGCCGUCCUCAGACACUCUGAGGAAGAUCCAGGUGGAGUACGGUGUCACUGGCUCCUUCAAAGACAAACCGCUGGCUGAAUGGCUCCGAAAGUACAACCCUGCUGAGGAUGAGUACGAGAAGGCUUCCGAGAACUUCAUCUAUUCGUGUGCGGGCUGCUGCGUGGCGACCUACGUGCUGGGUAUCUGCGACCGUCACAACGACAACAUCAUGCUGCGCUCCACGGGACACAUGUUCCAUAUCGACUUUGGCAAGUUCCUGGGACACGCCCAGAUGUUUGGCAGCUUCAAAAGGGACCGGGCGCCGUUUGUGCUGACCUCCGACAUGGCGUACGUCAUUAACGGCGGUGAGCGUCCUACCAGUCGCUUCCAGCUGUUUGUCGACUUGUGCUGCCAGGCGUACAACCUUAUCCGCAAACACUCUGGGCUGUUCCUCAACCUCCUGUCAUUGAUGAUGUCAUCGGGCCUUCCAGAGCUGACAGGUUCACAGGAUCUGAAGUAUGUUUAUGACGCUCUGCAGCCCCACAACUCUGACGCGGAGGCCACCAUCUUCUUCACCAGGCUUAUCGAGUCCAGUCUGGGCAGCGUGGCUACCAAGUUCAACUUCUUCAUCCACAACCUGGCUCAGCUUCGCUUCUCAGGUCUGCCAGCCAACGAUGAGCCCAUCCUGUCCUUCUCGCCCAAGACGUACACCAUGAAGCAGGAGGGUCGCAUCGUCCAUGCAUCCAUCUUCUCCUUUCAGAAGAGAUACAGCCCCGACAAGCACUAUACAUACGUGGUGAGGCUGCUCAGGGACGGCCAGAAUGAGCCCCAGUUUGUCUUCCGCACUUUUGAUGAGUUUCAGGAGCUUCACAACAAACUGACUAUCCUGUUCCCCCUAUGGAAGCUGCCCAGUUUCCCAAAUAAAAUGGUGCUGGGUCGCACCCACAUCAAGGAGGUGGCCGUGAAGAGGAAGCUGGAGCUGAGCAACUAUAUCCACAACCUGAUGAGGAGCUCUUCUGAGGUCACUCAGUGUGACCUGAUCUACACCUUCUUUCAUCCAGUGGCACGGGAUGACAAAACAGAAGGCUUGGAAGCAGCCUCUAAAGCUCCUGAGCCCCCACUGAGUCCCACAUCAGGCCGUGUGGAAGGCGAGGUCAAACUGUCCAUCUCGUACAGGAACAGCACGCUCUUCAUCAUGGUCAUGCACAUCAGAGACCUGGUAUCUGAAGAAGGAACUGAUCCCAACCCGUACGUGAAAACGUACCUGCUCCCUGAUCCACACAAGUCCUCCAAGCGGAAGACCAAGAUCUCCAGGAAGACCAGGAACCCUACUUUCAACGAGAUGCUGGUGUACAGCGGCUACAGCAAGGAGACGCUGGGCCUUCGCGAGCUGCAGCUCAGUGUGCUCAGCGCAGAGUCCCUGCGUGAAAACUACUUCCUGGGCGGCAUCACGCUCCGCCUCAAAGACUUUGACCUCGGCAAGGAGACAGUCAAGUGGUACAAGCUGACCACCGUGCCGUACUUCUAAACCUGCCUUAUUUGAUGCGGUCAAGGCGCCAAACUUUAAGGGCGAAACACGCAGGCCUACUUGGAGAGAGACCUUUCAUUAAGACCCAGCCAACUGAUCGUUUUUGACUAAUCAAUGUGCUGAUCAGAAGAUUUUAGAUACGACGGUGACCUGAAGUCAUGAAAAAAAAGAGUGGGAACAGGCUCUUCUCUCACUCAUGCAGGAACAGGCUCUUCUCUCACUCAUGCAGAUUGUUUCUGUGACAAACAAUCGCUGCUCUUCUCCUGAAGCUUAACAAAGAAGCUGUAAUAUUUUGUACAUUUUGAUAUUAGAGGACCAAAACUGCUCACCUACACAAGAGUAAAUAUACAGUAAAUAAAUAUAUAGAGAGAUAGAUUAGACAUGUUUAUUUUUUAAGAACUAGAACAAAUGGUGGUUACAUUUUUUUUUUGGGUUUUUACAUUUUCCUUGUUUAUUUUCAGUUUGCUGCUUUUACCGCAGUCACUUGUAGGUCAUUGUAGGACAUAUUGGAUUCCAAUCAUCAACUAAAGGAUUCCCUCAUAAAUGUGCCAAAUGUGGUGAUUAUUUGUGCGGCAAAACCUUGCCGCCUUACUCACCUCCACCUCCACUUUUCCAGGAGCUUAUUUACCGGGUAAAAUACUUCCUGGUCAUCUGUGUGGUUUGCAACCUCAAAGUUCUGGACUAUUUGGAAAUCAGGCCACUCAAAAGUGCCUCGGAUUCUGAAAAGACCCACCCCUCUACUAGGUACUUUACAGGGCAUGAUUGGGAUCUGAGGGUUUUUGUUUUUUUUACCUGGGUAACUUUGGUGGAAAGGCAACAAGGUUUUUCCAAAUUCCAGGUGAAUAAGAAAAGGGUUUCAUCUCUUUUAACUUGGCCUUAUUGCUAAAUAUAUUUUUAUUCAUGUCACAAAAGAAAUAUAUAUAUAUAUAUUCUGUAAAGUUCCUAUUAUGUAACUACGUGCACACUACCAGGUAUUAAAGAGCCCAACAGCACACUGGGGAAGGGGAUUAUCACCGCAAUAGUCGGCCCAUUCUGCUAAUGAAGUCACAUCUUUUCCAGCAAAGGAAGAGCACUGGCUUAAAGUGCCUUCUGCUUCACUAUGAACUUUCUGGGUGUCACAGAUGAGCAUUUUUAGCUAAAAAAAAAAACAAAACACUUUCACACACAAAAAGGGAACAAGAAGAACUUCUCUCCUCGUCGCUAACUCAAAGUAGAGUUGUUAAUAAAGUGUGUUCUUCGCACAUCUACAAGACAAUGAUGUUUUAUGCAAAAGUGACACUCACGUUGAUAUUAAUAUACCUUGCUCCACUUUUUUGUGUGUGAGUUUGUAUUAACACGGCCAGUUAUUUAUUCUUAAUUGGUGACCAGUAACUCCAACGGAUCAGUGUGUGUACUGUAAUCCCUCUUUCCUGAAGCAAAUUAAAUGUUUUUCAAACAUG